GGUUAUUAACUUUUUACCCACGUGGUGUGUUGCUCUGCAAAAAAUGGCUAAGGCAAAAGUCGUUGGAGGCUCUAAAGGAGUCAAGGGAAAAUCAAAAUUUAAGAAAGCGAGUGGUAGCAAGAAGCACCCAGGUGGAGGGAAGAAAAGUGUGAAAAAGAAUAUGACAAAAAGAGAUAAGAAAAAGAAAGAGCUACAGAAGAACAAGGAGCCUGUGACAUCUGGCAAAGAGAGGAACGAAAAGCGAAAGCUUCAAGACAAUGACAAGUUUUCUGUAGCAAAUAAAAAGUCAAAAAUGACGGCUGGUAAAACCAAUUUGACAAGGAAGGAACUUGAUAAGAAGAAACUCUCUGUCAGACGUCAGCGAAAACUGCCAGCAGAUUCACUUGAACGAAUCAACAAAGCAAAACAAAUAUGGGAGCAUGUUAGGAGGCACGACAUGAAAAAGGAGGAAAGGGAUAAAUCUAUUAAUGAUAUGAUGGGUCUGAUCAGUGGUAAUGUGUAUGAGUUAUCGUUGAAGCAUGAUACUGCUAGGAUUAUUCAGUGUAUUUUGAAAUUUGGAAGUCAAGAAAUGAGAAACAAAGUUUAUGAUAAAUUAAAAGGCCAUGUGGUUGAGCUAUCAAAAUUAAGAUAUGCAAAAUUUGUCAUCAAAGCUUUAUUCAGAUACAGCUCUCCAGUUCAGAGAAGUCAGUUAAUAAAAUGUUAUUAUAAUCACGUACAGUCUCUCGUGAGACACAAAGAAGCCGUUGAACUCGUAGAACUCGCUUACAAUGAUUACGCCAAUGCUUCCGAGAGAUCCCUGCUUGUACAAGAGUUCUAUGGUCCUCAAUUUGCUGUCUUUAAAGAUAAUGGUGGUCGGUCUCUGUCGGCCAUUCUUGCUGCUAAUCCUGAAGAGAAGACAAAACUGCUUGAGCACAUGAAGGCGGCUUUGACUCCAUUACUUGAUAAGAGUUUGGUGAGACAUAAUAUCAUUCAUCAGGCAUUUCUUGAAUUUAUAACACAUGCUGAUCCUUCAUCCAUUGCUGAUAUCAUGGAGUCACUGAGAGAGGUUGCUGUAGAGAUGUUACACACUCGAGAAGGAGCAAAGGUCAAUCUUCAAUGUGUCUGGAAAGGAACAGCUAAAGACAGGAAAGUUUUUGUGAAAUCAUUGAAGAGCUACAUUGUUAAGAUUUGCAAAGAAGAGCAUGGCCAUCUUGUUUUGCUUGGAAUAUUUGACUGUGUCGAUGAUACUGUUCUAGUAUCCAAGACAAUCUUAACUGAGAUCAUAGCUUCUCUUGAAGAGAUCUGUCAAGACAAACAUGGCCGUCGUGUUCUCCUCUAUCUCCUCAACCCUCGCUCCCCCCAACAUUUCUCCCACCAGUUCCUCCAAUUACUGACACCUGGCGAUAGCAAUCAACACAGUAAGAAGCCACAAGACAUCAGGUGGGCGGAGUUAAGAGCUGCUAUAUCUCCACCUCUCAUUAAAUUAAUUUCGGAGAAUGUGGUUGAGUGGGCGUGUGAAAAACCUCUUGCUCCACUUGUAAUAGAAACUGUGAGAUCAGCUGUUGGAGACGUGACGCCUAUAUAUACUACACUGAUCAACGAGGGAUUAACACGGCCACUUGAUACGGAUCAUGGGAUCAAUGAUUCUGAUCAAAUGAUCACUGAUUUGGUGGCUGAUUCAAAUCAGUGUCAUCUCAUUGGUGAUCCGUGUGGUCACUGGGUGUUAAAGAAAUUGAUUGCUAUUAAUAGAGAAGACUCUACUCCAUUAUUCAGUGACUUGAUAAUACAAUCAGUACCUUCAGAUUAUAUAAGUACUUGGGCUACCAUUAAUAGAGGCUGCUUUGUUCUAUCAAGUUUGUUGUCUGAAGCUAGCAAAGAGAAUCAGGAGAAGUUAAAGGAGUUGCUUCAAUCAUCAGUUAUUGAUCAACUAAGAACUAGCAAUACUGAAGGAGCUAGUGUAUUACUGAAAGAACUAUAAUCUUAGCAUAGAUAUAAAAUUAUGAAGAUAGGAUAUAGCCUAUCAAAAUUAUGACAAUGUUAUUCCACACCCAACCAAUGCAAGGUGUGGCUAUUAAACUGCAA